AAAAAAAGAAUUUCCUCAUUAUAAGUAAUAUUUUUUGGUCGGAAUACCUUUUUAUUGCAAACAUGCAAACCAUACAAAGAAAACGUAUAAACAACAAUUCUAACGAAAAAAAAUUAUGGAAUCCUUUAAAAAAAUCAUUAUUAUAUUUAAAAGAAUUUUCAGAAAUAACUUCAUUACAUGGAAUAAGACACAUAGGACUUUCCAAUAGACAUGUCUUAGAAGUGGCACUGUGGCUAUUAUGUGUAAUAAUGUCAGUUUAUGGAUCAAUUGCUUUAAUGAUAAACAGCUAUGAAAGGUAUAACACGAAUCCAACAGUAAUUACAGUAGAAAAAAACUAUCGAUACUGGUAUAUUCAGUUUCCAAGCGCCACCUUUUGUUAUGCAGACCCUAUUAACAAGGAUUUAGCCAAAGAGUACAUCAAAGAGAAAUGGAACGUUAGCUCUGGAGAAGAAUUUGACUACUACAUGAAAUUUAUUACAGAAGCAGUUAAUGUAACAUAUGAAAGCCUUAAUUUGAUGAUACCAUAUUCAAAAAAUCCCAAGCUUAAUAAAAUUAAUUUAAAAGAAUUAUCUGAUAGGGUUCACGUGGAGUUGCGAUUUAAAUCAUCUAUAUUUAAUACUGAAUAUCAAAAUAUAUCUUUUGAACCAGUUCUCACUGAAAUGGGUACUUGCUAUACUUUUAGUGGUACAAUAACCGAAUACUUCCGACCAAACGGCAAAAUACAAAUAAAGCGAAACUACUCUCCACCAUCAUGUAAUUUUUUCAAUUCAUUGUGCUAUGCUAGAGCUGAAAGUUUAUCUCGGAUUGUUGCGUAUUAUGUACACUACGCAAGAGAAUUACCAAAUAUAGUGGAUAAGUAUUUCUUAGUAGUAGAUAAUAUGGAACGAGACACGACCUUCACAUUCUGGGAGAUGACAUCUGCACAAGAAUUAAGAAAAUUAAGCCCCGUGCAACGUCAAUGCCGUUACAUGGACGAGCCAAUGGACCGUUCCUUUCCUGUGUACAGUUACAAUAUAUGCCGGAUGAUUUGCAGACGGAACUUGGCUAUAAAAUAUUGUGGGUGUACACCGCAUUUUUAUUUGAACCGCGAUAACUCUAAGAUUUGUGAUCUCGAAGGAUUAGCGUGCCUGUCACCAUACAACGAAACCCUUAUAACUCUGCAAAAUACCGAUGGAUCGCAAAUCUGGUGCAACUGUUUGAUGCCAUGUGAAGAUUCUAAGCUUUUUUUAGACAGAGAUUCUAAACGCACAUGGUCUUAUCCAGUACCGUAUGACAUUCGUUUCCGUUGGGCUAUUGACAAAUAUAGUAAGACACGGUUACGACGUGACGUCAUCUAUAGCUUUGAAGAUUUACUUGUUUCUCUUGGAGGUACUGCAUCUUUUUUUUUGGGAUGUAGUGUAUUGUCUUUUGUUGAGAUCGCAUAUUUCUUCACAAUCAGAUUGUUUUGGUACGUCAGAUAUAAAACAGAUUAGUGCUUAUACUGUAAUGUAUCAUUAAAAAAUAAUCAAGUUAUGUACUAAUUUAUAAUUCUUUUUUUUCUCUCAAAUUAUUUUUAAAAUAAUUCAAUAUUUUAUCAAAUUAAAUAAUUCGAUAAUAUUAUAUUGUUAGAAUAUAAAUUGUUAAAAACUGAGUGUAAUUUUUUAAAGAAAAC